GCGGGGCUGGCGCGCGUGUGCGCCGACUGGACGCACCACAUGCCCGCGCUGCGCCGCCUCGACCUCUCGCACAACCGCAUCGCCGAGCUGCAGGUACAAUAGCGCAUCUGUAUGGUGUGUACUGCGGCAGGCGCGUCGUACCUGGCGCCGCUGCAGGAGCUGGUGCUGAGCCGCGCGGGGCUGGCGCGCGUGUGCGCCGACUGGACGCACCACAUGCCCGCGCUGCGCCGCCUCGACCUCUCGCACAACCGCAUCGCCGAGCUGCAGGUACAAUAGCGCAUCUGUAUGGUGUGUACUGCGGCAGGCGCGUCGUACCUGGCGCCGCUGCAGGAGCUGGUGCUGAGCCGCGCGGGGCUGGCGCGCGUGUGCGCCGACUGGACGCACCACAUGCCCGCGCUGCGCCGCCUCGACCUCUCGCACAACCGCAUCGCCGAGCUGCAGUUCGCGGACCUGAAGAUCCAGCGCACGGUGGCCAACGCCGAGGUGGAGCUCAGCUACAACCCGCUGCACGUCGUGCGCUGCUCGCGCGAGGACUACGAGCUGGCGCGCGACGAGCCCGUGCCGCAACAGUCGGCGAAGAUCAUAAUGGACUCGCGGCUCGAGUGCACGUGCCGCGAGUACUGGCUGGCGCUGGCGCUGCGCGAGGGCCGCCUGCCGGGCUUCGAGCCGCGCUGCGCCGCCGCCGCCGACCCGGCCGGCCGCGCGCUGCUGCACCGCCCGCUGCAAAAACUAAUUCUAAUAAAUAAAAACUUAAUAAAAUAA